AUGAGUGAAGAGACAGCAACUAUUCGAACUCGUCAAUUCAUGACCCGCAAGAAAAUGGUUAACGAAGAUUUUCAUCCCGGCAAACCGACAGUCACCAAAACAGAAAUCCAUUUAAAGCUGGCGAAAAUGUACAAAGUAACACCAGAUGUAAUAUUCGUGUUCGGUUUUCAGACAGAUUUCAAAGAUGGAAAAUCGACUGAAUUCGAAAAUCUACGCCAAGAAUUCGAGCCCAAGCACAGGUUAGCGUGCCAUGGAUUGUGUGAAAAGAAACGAUCUACACGUAAACAGUGCAAAGAACGCUGGAACAGGAUGAAGAAGGUGCGUGGUACCAAGAAAUCUGAAGUAGGUGUUGCCGCCAAGAAGUAA